GGCGGCAUGGCCGAGUGGUAAGGCGGGGGACUGCAAAUCCUUUUUCCCCAGUUCAAAUCCGGGUGUCGCCU